CUUACUACGCAACAAAUAUGGGUGUCAAAGGGAGUAUGGGAAAUAAAUCCGUUCAGGAACCCCCGUAUCCUAUGGGUAUCCGACCAGAACACAUAACCGAGUUUGAACGACUACUUUGGGUCGAACCGAAAUACGACUCGCGUUCAAUAAAUGAGUAUUGUAUUCGAUAUGACAACGACGACUCGACUUUAAUCACUGCGACGGGGAAUAGAUAUAACGAAAAGUCGACGCGUGAAUUUCGCGAUUCUUCCAGCCUUCCUUUAUUCGAAAUGCAGAAAGUCUGGUCGCUGGGCUGGAAGUAUAGACGACCGUGGCGGAUUCGAUUACCGGGCAGCAAAGAAGCAGACCUGGUUGAUAUCCGAUUCAAGGGCUUGAUGAAUACCACCAUUGAGGUGGAUUUUCGCAAUGUGGUCGCGCGCGGCACUAAGAACGAGGACGAUAAGAUAGUCCAUAUUGUGGUGCAUCGCGUCUCGCCCGUCUACCGGGUAUAUGAGGUGAGAGUGGCCGGCAUCAAAGUCGUGGAUAUACGCGAAAGCAUGGAACGGAAUAGAUCCGUACCGACAAUUAUGUAUAAUUCAAGUGGUGGUAUAUUGCCUUCUCGGUUGGUGAUGGAGGUCCUAGUGGCUGCGGAUUUUGAUAUGUCUCUGGCUUCUCUCAUCGCAGUCAUAGUCUGUGAUAUGGGGUUCAGUCAAUCACCUCCACACUCGACAAGUCGGAUGCAUAGUACCUUGAACAUUCCGUGAUACGUCUAGGAAAAGGGACAGGAUGGCACUAUGUUUCAACGAUUACUGAAUCCAAAUUGUGUAGUAUUUCUAUAAGUUUUAUCUUACCACCAAGUAGCGUUGCCUCCAAAUACCUGUUUGUGUUAAUGU